GAGCACAUUCCUCUCCUCAUUCCUCGACGCUGGCUGGCCAUAGCUUCAGCAUCGCUAGCCGCAGCGCAGAGGCAGGAAGGGAGGCAGCCGCAGCGCACCGUACGUGAACGGAACCCAAGAAAUGGGCGCGCUCUACCUGCUCCCGUCCACCCCGCCGCCGUUCUGCUCGGGCUGCCGCGGCCCGGCCGGCUUCUCGCUCCCGCGGGGACUCGCGGCCACCACGCCUCUCCCGUCCCCGUCUGCCUCUUCCUGCGCCCGGCUCCGGCUCGCGGGCGGGCGGCAGCGCGCCGGCGCGGCGCGGGGCGGCGGGAAGGAGGGGAGCAAGAGCGGCGGGGCGGAGUUCUUCCGGGAGGACGGCGUGGUGGACGACAUGGACGGGUACCUCAACUACCUGUCCCUCGAGUAUGACUCCGUCUGGGACACCAAGCCUGCUUGGUGUCAGCCUUGGACAAUCUUACUAUCAGGAGCCGUUGCAGUUGCCUGUAGCUGGGUGCUCAUCCACUCAGCUCUGAUCACUGGAGGAGUUUCUUUUGUAAUAUGUGCAUGGUGGUACAUAUUUCUUUACUCCUAUCCUAAGGCAUACACCGAGAUGAUAUCUGAGAGGAGAAAAAAGGUGUCUAGUGGUGCUGAAGAUACCUACGGGAUGGAGAAAAUGUAGUCUUGUUUGUGGUAUUACUUCCUGAAGUAGAUAGAAAAUGGUUGUGCAGAUUGCACCACUGGUGUGUGUAGAAUUCAACAUCAACAUACAGAUGGAUCAGUUAAAUCCAAAUCAGUGACAUGAUGCAUGCCCCAAACACGACGGAAAUAUACAUCAGUUGUAAAAUGAAACCCUGGAGCUUCCUACGUUGUUCUGCCAAGAACUCUUCAUUGUUAUCACUGAAUUGUUGGAUAA